CAUGGAUGGCAGCGAAAUGGGGUUGUUUGGUACGCUGCUGCUGAUGACACGGAGGACUGACGAGCAGGUAGCAGUAUUCUCAAUCGUCGAGCAAACAGUUACCUUUGGGCGCGACCCCACAUGCAGUAUGUGCCUCUAUGAUCACCCAGAGAUCAGUGCUCUGAACGCGAAAAUUGUGUUUCUGGAAAGAAAGAAAUGAACUGGAAAGCUUUCAAUCCUCGUCGUCUUUUGGCGAAGCGCGCCUCACCAUCGACGGCUACGAAGGGAGUGAAGGAGAAUAUAGGGACCGGAUUCUGGAGGACGCGAGCCAGUGACAAGGAGCAGUCGGUGAGUACAUGCCUUUCUGUUUUGUGCUCUUGAAUCUUUUGGAAUUAGGGAGUCGAAAAUGUGGUAUGAUUCGAUCUAAGCCUAUUACGAGCUAAUGCAGGGUACAUGUACAUGAGAGCAUGGGCAGCUUAAGCUUGUUACACAUCACGUCUUCUCCUUGUAUUAUAUGUCAAUACAUGGCGCACAUGUGCC